AUGAGUUUGAUAUAAUUUAAGAGAGAAAAAUAUGGAAUUAAAUUAAGAAGAGAUGCUCUAGAGAAAAUAUUUAGUUUAAAAAGAGUAAUCAAUUCUCCAGACAUAGUUUAAGUAUUUUAAAAAUAAUUAGAAUCAUAUGAGACUGAUAUUUUAGAAGCAAUUGAAAUUUUAAAAUAGUACUAAAAUAUUAAGCCUGAAUAUGUUUAACUAUGGUUAUUCUUAUUAUAUGAUUGUUUUAUAUAUUUGGAUCAAUAGUAUAAAGGAAAUGAAAUACUAGACUUAAUGCUAUUAAGUGUAAAUUAAUAUCCGUAAGUAAUAUACAUAAAUAAAUUAAAAAGAGCAUAAUCCAGUUCAUAGAAUAUCAACUUUUUGAAA